GGAAAUCGUGCGUUGCACUAAAUGUGGUUUUUAGAAAAGCUUAAAGUGCCAGAUACAGUCGCAUCAACGUCCGAUUCAACAAUGAGGACCAUCCUUGCUGAUAGGAAUCAACGUCCUCUGACGUGCCCAAAUGUUCUAACCCCUGACAGAAUCCCUGAAUUCUGUAUCCCUCCUAGGUUUCCAACCCAACGAGGAAUGAGAAUGAAACCUCUUCAUAUGUCUGUCCCUGACUUAUGUGGAGCAUCCCUUGAUAUGGAAGUACUUAAUCUUCCAGACACACAUAUCAUCCAAGUGGACAGUGCAGAAGAGCUUCCUGAGGAAGAGAGUACCAACGCUGAUCCACAGGCACAGGCAGCUCUCUCUCUUCCCCAUCUUCCCAAAGCACAGACUUCCUAUGGGUUCUGCACAUUGCUGGAAAGCCCCAACACUAGAAGGAAAGAGUCACUUUUCCAUAAUGAUCCGGACACUCUACCCAUCCUUUUGCCCAGAUCUCGUUCCAGCACCACCUCCUGCCAUAGGGCAACUUCUUAUAGCACCUUUUCUACGCUCCGACUGCGGCCACUAAGCCGAUCUGGCACCUUGGACAGCGACACAUCAUCUUCCACAGACUCUUCACCUUUUAGUUCUCCUCUUCUCCACAGGUCUCUUCCACGCGGCAGCUCCUUAUUCAAAGCUAUAAGCCAAGACAAACUGUUCUCCAUGGCUUUCAAGGGAAAGCGAAAGGAAAAAAAUGGUCUUUCCAGAAAUAAUUCACUCUCUGCAGAUGAGGGGAGCUCCACAGACAGCAGUCCAAACAUCAACCGUAGAGUUUCUGAUGGUAUAAUGGAUUCCAUGUUUCCAAUGGACCUUCUUUAUUCUAGAGAUAGGUUCUUGUCAGAUAACUCAGUGCUUCUGGACAAUGGAGGUUCGCUGCGUUUAUCAGCAGAAUAUUGUCCUGCGGCUCAGAGGCUCCGUGUUCGUCUUAUCAGUGCUGAAGGACUUUAUAGCCUCUCUACUGACCCAAAAACAAUUAACUGCUUUGUAUCGCUUUCCAUGACUCCUGGGAAACAUCAGAAGCAGCGGAGUACAGUCAUAAGGAGGAGCCGGAACCCCAUUUUUAAUGAGGACUUUUUCUUUGAGAACUUGUCUGAAGCUCAGUUACGCUGCUACUGUCUAAAGUUUAAAGCCGUCAAUAAAAUGAGUGGGAUGAAGAGAGACUGUGUUUUGGGGCAGAGUGAGCUUCCCCUGCUCAGUAUCCUGUCUCUUUGAAGAGAAAACAAA